CAAUUUUUUUUUAUCACGGCAUCCUCACUCUACCUUCGUAAUUUGUCGCUCCACUUGCAUCCUUCAAAAAGGUUCAAACUUUUUGCUCCAUUUCCGACCUUCCGCCAUCACAGAUACAAUCUUAAACCCAAUUCAAAAUUCAGCAAUCAAGAGGUCGUGUGCUAGUAUUCGUUGCAGGCAAUUCCAGAUGAUAAACACUUCAAUUUUGUCAUACAAUGCAUCAAAUUUGCCUAUUCCAGGGAUAAAGAGGUUUAACAAGAUAAAUAUCAUCAAUGCGGUAAAGAUGGAACUGACUCUGACACGCCCUGAUGAUUGGCAUCUUCAUCUCCGCGAUGGGGAUCUUCUUGCUGCUGUUGCUCCCUACAGUGCAAGACAUUUUGGAAGAGCAAUUGUUAUGCCAAAUCUAAGGCCUCCUGUUACUACUACAGCUGCUGCUAUUGCUUACCGGGAGUCUAUUAUGGAAGUAUUGCCUGCUGAUAGCGACUUCAAUCCUCUCAUGACACUGUAUUUGACUGAUACAACAAGCCCUAAUGAGAUCAAGCUUGCCAGAAAAAGUGAAGUGGUGUAUGCCGUAAAAUUGUACCCUGCAGGCGCGACAACUAAUUCACAGGAUGGCGUCACUGAUCUUCUUGGAAAGUGCUUACCUGUGCUUCAAGAGAUGGCUGAGCAAAACAUGCCUCUAUUGGUUCACGGUGAGGUUACAGAUCCCGACGUAGAUAUAUUUGAUCGUGAAAAAGUUUUUAUUGAGACGGUUUUAAGACCUUUAAUUCAGAAACUACCACAACUAAAAGUUGUAAUGGAGCAUAUCACUACGGCAGAUGCUGUUAACUUCAUUGAAUCAUGCAAUGAAGGAACCGUAGCAGCCACUGUGACUCCGCAGCACAUUAUUUUGAAUAGAAACUCUCUCUUCCAAGGAGGGUUACAGCCUCAUAACUAUUGUCUUCCAGUGCUCAAAAGAGAAAUCCAUAGAAAGACAAUUCUAUCCGCAGUAACGAGUGGGAGUAAGCAAUAUUUUCUCGGGACUGAUAGUGCUCCUCACGAGAGGCAACGGAAAGAGAGUUCCUGUGGAUGUGCUGGAAUCUUCAACUCCCCUGUUGCUCUAUCACUAUAUGCUAAAAUAUUUGAAGAGGCAGGUGCCCUCGACAAGUUAGAGGCAUUUACAAGCUUCAACGGACCUGAUUUUUACGGUCUUCCAAGGAAUACAUCAAAGAUCAAGUUGAAAAAAGAACCAUGGAAAGUUCCAGAACAUUUAUCUUUCCCUUUCGGAGAAAUCAUCCCAAUGUCUGCUGGACAAACACUUGACUGGAAACCAUCUUUUUGAUACAGUAUGAUCCCUCAUUUAUCUUAAACUUGGUCUUUCUGUUUCAAAAUCUCAGGUUUCUGAAUGUGUUUGCUUCAUAUUGAUGAUAAGUAUAUUGCAGUUUUGUAAGAGCCCCUUCGCAUUUUAGUUGGUCUAAAUUUGGGAAAAGAUUAUGAAUUCUUUUUAUUCAUUUUUGUAAUCUGAGACCAGUAUAAUCUUAAACUAUGAUUUUAACAGCUAAUUUUCACUUGAAAAGGGGGAUUUUCAUCAUUCUGUCCA